AUGGCCUAUGCUGGGGUGUUGCAGGUAAAGUGGCCUACCUACUCGCCUGAAUAUUUCUUCUGCGAGCUCGGACGGCUCUGCAACAUCUCGGGCAUCCAGGGAGAGGGGCUCAGCAACAACGACAAGGUCAUGGUGUUGACCAAGUGCGGUGAGGGCUUCGAAGAGGCUGCUACAUUCAUGGAGGGCUCAAUGUCCAUCGCCACCUAUGAGGAUGGUUCGAAGUUCCUGCUCCCCGCCUCAGUGCAGUCUGGAACAUAUCGAGUCUGCUGGUGUGCCGCAGAGAACACCUGCAGAUACCCUCGCGACUUCACCGUGAGUCUCGGCCGCGUGGAUUUUGGGGGCCCAGUGCCGGACUUCGUCUAUCGCUGCUUCGAGUGGCAGUCGUGCGAGAUCAUGGAGAUGGAGGGCACCACCUUGGAGGAUGGGGACCGGCUCAUGGCGGUCCCGGAUGGCACCGACUGCAGAGCUCCCACACUGACGCCAGCGUUUGGGUUUCCGCGGAAUGGUGUGACGAUGCCG